AUGGAAGACUUCUUCAUCGAGCCGAGCUGCGGUGCCCGCCGCGAAACGUUGGAAUCCUACACGUAUCGUAUCGCAUACAUGGUGGUUUCCGGCAUCUGCACCGCAGCACCGGGCAGCAGCAGCAGCAGCAGCAGCAGCAGCCAGCACGUGCGCGCUAGAUUCCCCGCGACUGCCCGCGCCGACGACAGCAAACCACCAGACAGACAGCAGACAGACGCCUACAACGUGCGCAGCCUUUUCCCCGGGCCGAAAACCAAAAAUGCGCAAUUCGUAGCGCUGCGCCGGCGGCCGGGGGAAGGCAGCUCUUCCGAGAUGGGAGUUGCUGCUUGCUGCGCCGCUGUUACCGGUCAGUCUGGGUGA